AAAUUACUGGUUAACUAAAUACUUAUUUGCCCUACUGUAUGUCCUAAGAUUGAGAAAAACAACAUUUCAUACCUCCAAAAGUUAAGGAAAAUCCAAACCAUGCCUUGUGUUAACAAACGUCAAAUCGUUCAAGUUCCUAUUAUACUUUGUGCACCAAUUCCAACACCGAGUUCAAUCUCUAAUUGAGUAUACCCAGAAAAAAAAUGGUUGAAUGCAUCAAGAGCAUGUGGACAGGACUGCAAAAGCAAACAACUGUAGCCCCAUCAUCUCUUCCUAAGGUCUUAUCGCCAGGACUGACAACAACAAAAAAACAAUCAGGUAGCAGUUUAAUAAGCAUUCAAACUACAGACAACUAAUAGGCUAGUACUGUAUAUGUAUUUGCUUUUCAAUUCAAGAUCCAAGGUACUAAUACCACUCCUAGUUGAAGUUUACUCUUAAACAAAAAAGACAAUCACUCAUUGCGUCUUCAAAAAUCACUAACCUAAUGCGAACAUGUACUGUAAUGAGGAACCUGCUUGGUUAACAAAUAUGUAUUGAUGUUUUCCAGAAACAGAUUUAUUGUCAUCUAAUAUUCAAGUGUUUUGAUUUACAGAUGUAAAUUUCUUAAAUACAACAAAUACAUUUUUCUAAAUAUUUAAUUACUGCCAAGAACACAAUAUUAUCUGCAACUCUGCUUUUCCUGACUUCAUACCGCAAAGCUUAACUCAUUCAUUAAUACGUCUAUCGCCGUCAACGGCAGCAAUGUUUUUGCCUCUAAGAAUUGUAACACCAGGUUUUGGUACGGUAAACUUAACAGUACUACCGAUAAAAUCCAAUCUUUCUCCGGUGCCACCUCUUACUAACCCCGCUACCCAACAAACAAUAUCGGGGCAAAGAAUGACAUAAGGAUCGAAAAGAGGAUUUGUGAAGACUACAACAGAGGUGCCCCCCCCCCCACCACCACCCUCCUCCCACUGCUGUCCUGGCUCCACAUUGGAUGGGAGGAUUACAUCCCUUUCGUCCAAAGCGACCGGGACGUUCUCCGUCUCCGGACGUGGAACCGAGGGGGGUCGGAGGAUGAGCGCUUGAGGUCGACAGGUAACGGCGUUUUUGUGUCGUCCGCGGAUUAGAAUCUGUUUUGAAAGCGGUGACGUGGACUUGGCUGGCGGCGCUGCUCUCCAGAUGUGUUUACAUGAGGUGGUGGGAGUCUGAAAUCCAGACUGGGGACGAGCUUACAAUCAGAGCUUUUGUUGCGUCGGAGGCCGUGAGAAAUCGAGAGGGAAAUCUUGUAACAAUUCUGCGUUGAACCGCCGGAACUCAAAUAUGUCGCGCAAUGACCAAAUAUGCUUGCAGAUGACUCAUAUAUCAGACAGAUGAAUAUCUCAUUUUGAUUAAUUGCAAAGAUAAGAUGCUUUGAUGGAGAACUACAGUAAUCUUAGGGUUUAUCUCUCUUUUUUUGUUUUAAAAUAAUGCUUUUUUUUCCUAGCAUAAAAAUUGCUGUGGCGUAUUUUAUGUUGUCAAUUGUUAUUGAAAGAGCUUUGGGAUAUGUGAAUUUUUCCAGUGUGUUGAUUCAGUUACAUACACCAUCUCUCUGAUAAAGUGAUUUGUGUAUGUGAAGUCAUUCAGGAUGCCUAUAGGCGGAGUUUGACUUUUGGGGCAGGGGGGCACAAAAUGUUGAUGACCCCAAAACACAGUGUCAGCAAUAAAAUUAACUUACAUGAAUAUUUAUAAUAAUAAGUUGAAAAUGAGCGGGGUUUUUUUUUUUUUUGUUUCCCACCAUUCUUGAGGGGAAUUCUGAAUCAGGCUGCUUAGGACAGCUAUACUUUUUGCCAAGAUUGUCAUCCAUUGAAUAUUGUACGCCCGCCGGUGUUGUGCCAAUGUAGUUACCCCAGUCAAAAUUGUAUCACCUGGGCGGAGCCAUAUGGAGGUAGAUUUGUGUCUUCAUUAUUCGAUUAAAAAAAAGUUCCUUCAAUCCAAAAAAAAAAAAAAAAUUCAAUCAAAAUAUAUAUUUUAAAUUUUAAAAAGUCAAAAUGUGCAUUCAAAAAUGUGUUUGAAUGCAAAAAUAAAUUUGAAACUCCAAAAAAUGCAUUUGAAAGCUAUUUUUCUUUGGAUUUAUUUAUUGAUUUUUUUUUUUAAUUGGAGUUGUUGUUUUUUUUUUUUUUGCUUGAAGCAGCUUUUUUGAUUCAAGUAAUAUUGUUUUGCUUUUGGGCCACGUUUUGGCUAGGACAUUUGUGUCUUUAUUAUUCAGUCAAAAAAUAAGUUGCUUCAAACAAAAAAUAUAUUCAAAAGGAAAAUCACUUCAACCAAAAAAAGAAAAAAUUCAAUCAUAGAAAAAAAGUUUUUGAAUGUGAAAAAAUAUUUGAGACUCAAAUAUUUGCAUUUGAACACUUUCCAAAACCAAAAAUUUGAUUUUAGCAAUCCUUUUUGUGUGACAUUUGUGUCUAAAUCAUUCAAUCUCCCAAAAAGUUGCUUCAAUCAAAAAAACAAACAUUUUCAAACAAAGAAAAAAAAAAUAAUUUGAAAAAUAAAAUUGCCCUCCCCUAAUUUAUUUAUUUUAAAUAAUAUGCAAAGUGUAAAGUGCUCGUCACAUGAUCUGUUCUAAAAAUCAUUUUGACCCAUGAUAAAAAUAUCUUUUUUGUUCAUUUCGUUCAUUUUUGUUGUUUUAUUGCUUUACAAUAGGAAAGUCAAUUACAUGCAAUGACACUUUUUGGCCACCUGGGGGGGCUGGCCCCCCUGGCCCCCCUUAAACUCCGCUUAUGAGGAUGCCCUCAGCUUUUUUGUGAUCGCUGAAGAGAGCACAGGCAGAGUGUUUCUGUGCUGUGUUAAGGACCCUGUGAAGAUUCUUGUUUUCAUGAGGUGCAUGCAGCAGCUAUUUUUUGUUCCAGGUGAGCGCUUGCUAUUCAGGUUAAGGCUGAGAAGACCUUCUUCACAGAAUACUUAUAGAAAAGUUUUUUCGAGGUACUUCCGCUUUACUUCCUUAUGUCUGCCUACAAUUUCCGUUUCCAAUUUUUUUACCAUUGACUUCAAUGGCGCUGGAGUGGCAUCACUCAGUAAAAAUCCUGAAAAAACACGAUUUGGAAAUAUCGCAUCCUUCUGCCAUCUCGACAUGGGAAGACAACAUAAAGAAGUGGCCGAGGGUGACCACAAGUAAAAUAUUAUCGUAUUUUAUUGAUUCUACGGCAGUGGAUGGAAACGUCAUUAGGAAGGUCCGAGACAUUCCGUUACCUCCGCAGCCACAAAGUUGGCUGUGUCCUCAUACACGAACAUGGGAAUAUUGUCUUCAUGAAGGCGGAUGUAGAACCAAGCCAGUGCCUCAAUACUCCGUACCACAAACCAUGGGUACUGGUAACACCGGAGAGAGACGUCCAAACUGCAGGCUGUCCCGCGGGUCCCGGGCAUUCGUGUAGUCAUGCUGCCACUGUCUUAUGAAAGGUAUGUGCCCCAAAAAUAUGAAACCUGAAAUCUGGCGCUUGAAACGAUUUGUUGCCUUUGCUAUUGAUAUUACGAUGAUGAUUGUAAUUAUUAGGGCUGUUCCGAUCAUGUUUUUUUGCUCCCGAUCCGAACCCGAUCGUUUUAGUUUGAGAAUCUGCUGAUCCCAAUAUUUCCCGAUCCGAUUGCUUUUUUUUUGCUCCCGAUUAAAUUCCAAUCAUUCCCGAUAAUUUUUCCCGAUCAUAUACAUUUUGGCAAGGCAUUAAGAAAAAAAAAAGAAUAAAACUCGGACGAAUAUAUACAUUCAACAUACAGUACAUGCGUAUUUAUAUAUACUGUAUUUGUUUAUUAUGACAAUCCUCAAGAUGGCAUUUACAUUAUUAACAUUCUUUCUGUGAGAGGGAUCCACGGAUAGAAAGACUUGUGACUUUGGAUAUUGUGACUAAAUAUUGCCAUCUAGUGUAUUUGUUGAGCUUUCAGUAAAUGAUACUGUAGCCAUGCCCCAAUGCAUGAUGGGAAGUGGAACCGUGACUGUGCGUAGUGCUAUCAAUUGAUAUAUCUUCUCUGCGUUGGGAAAUAACUUAAGGUGUUAAGAAAAAGAUCAUUUGCUACCUUGCUUCCCCACAUUGCUUCCCAUGAUAUUUCUAAUCGUAGGGAGAGAAUUUGAAAGGCUUUAGCCAAUUAAAAUAAGGCUCCAAAGGCUGCCAAAAUUCACUCUACUCAUUUUACUCUGCCGUUUAUCUCUCUAUAUAGGUUAAAUGGCACCAUUACAGAUUGAGCGCGACAAUGCGUGGGUGGGUCGUGCAGCGCAUGCAUUAAUUGCGUUAAAUAUUUUAACGUGAUACAUUUUUUAAAAAACUCCCGCCGUUAUCGGGAUAAAUUUGAUAACCCUACCUUAAGCCUAAACUAAAGACUCUGGAUGAGUGUAACAUAUUAUGUUUGUAACGUUAAAUACAAUUACAAAACGAUUAAAUUAAAAAAAUAUAUAUAUAUAUUAAAAAAAGGCAUGGCCGAUAUUUUUUUGCCGAUUCCGAUACUUUGAAAAUGACAGACUUAUGAUCUUCAAUAUUAUUUACUACAACUACUGCUGCUAGCCUAUUGCUAAUCAGUACGUGUUGGAUGGCGCCCCAUAAAUGCAAUCGUUACAAGUUUUUUGUUCGUUUGUUUACAGAUGGAAAAUGCUGUUAGACAAGGGAAUAUAAGUUGAUGUGCCUCGCAGCAACACUUACUGUAAGUUAAUGGACAUAUAUUGAGACUACGUCAUUCUACCCGGAGGAGGGCUGGAGGCAGUGUCUCACCCCGAGAUCCAACUACGAGCUUUUUAACUGUAGCAAUUUUAAGACAUGCUAUUGGAGCUGGAAUGACCAAAGUCUGUUUGGAUGCCGCCAAGGGUCUCCGUGAUGUUGGGUGAAAGUUUGGAGAAGCUCCCCUAAGCUCUGCUGUCUGAUAACACAUUCCUCGUAUGCUCAACCUUCAUUAAUGUUUUUCUAAUAAUUUUAGAAAUUGUGAUUUAUUGACCUCUUUUGCACAUGCACCAAUCGUUUUAAAAUAAAACAAGAAAUGGAAUCAUGUUGUCCAAAUGUUUUAUCACGAUCAAUGUCUGCAAUAAAAAAGAAUGACAUACGAUUUUGUUUAUAUGAUAUGUACAUACCUUGUAGUAUUCACUUGUAACAACAAAAUCCGUGUCAGCCCUUCUGCAUUCGGCAAAUGUAUUAUAAUUUGUAAUUUCACCGCAUUUUGGUCACUCAAGUGGCCGGCGUAUAAAUUGAUACCUUACGUCAACACAAGCUGACAGGUUGUUAUAAUUUUGUCCACGAAUGAUCAACGAAGUGAUUAGAACAAUCAUCCAAUCUCAUCUACGUCUCAUUUAGGUCAUUCCGAAUCCAUUUUUGAAGAAUUCGUAUGUUCCUCUGGCUUGAUUUCGCAGUUUUAACGUCGUCAACACUGCUAACUUCAACCGUUUUGUCCAAGAUGGCGCCGUCCAUAUUUCGCUCAGGAAACGUGUAUAGAAAUAGUUAUACGCGCUGUUGCUUAAGUCCAUUAUUGGAUCCUGUGUUUUUUUGGUGGGUUCUGAAGAGCAGGUUGUUAUCGGUCACAAUGGAGUUAGAUCCCCCGUUGGGCUGCCAGUGUUGGGAAUUUGGAGCGGGCUGUAUUGCAGAAAACAUAAAAUGCCAAUCAAAUACCAUAUUUUUUGGACUAUAAGUCACAGUUUUUUUUAUAGUUUGGCUGGGGGUGCGACUUAUACUCAGGAGCGACUUAUGUGUGAAAUUAUUAAAACAUUAUUAUAUCAUUUCACAUGUUAUUUUGGUUUUUUGGAGUGAUACUGAUGGUUCGGUAAACUUGUUAGCAUGUUCUUUAAGUUAUAGUUAUCUGAAUAAAUCUUAAUAACUAUGUUACGUUAACAUACUGGCCACGUUCGCAUUUUGUUGUUCAUGCAUCAUGUAACAUUUUCAUACUGUACACUUACCGUAUACAGCAUGUUGUUCUAUAUUGUAUUUUUUAUUUUAAACUGCCUUUCAAGAUGAAAUAUCUGUUCUAUGUGCUGGAUUUUAUCAAGUAAAUUUCCCCCAAAAAUGCGACUUAUACUCCGGGGCGAUUUAUAAAUGUUUUUUCCUCUUCAUUGGACAUUUUAUGGCUGGUGCGACUUAUACUCAGGUGCGACUUAUAGUCCGAAAAAUACGGUAACUACAAUGAUUUCAUGCAAACAGAAAAGUAUCUUUAUAACAAUGAUAGCUAAUGAUAAUGUAUAAUGAGUGAAAGGAAUACUAUUUAAUAAAUACUGAUAUAUUUUUUUAAUGUCUUAAUGCAGACUUUGCAAAAUUUGUCCUAGAAAUAUCUGCCUUUUCACUGCAAUUGAUACUGUAUCUGAUGAUGUAGCAAUACUUGGUCAUGGCACGUAGCGAUAAAAUGUCUCACUAUGUUGGAAUUGGGAAUAUCCCAAAAUAAAUAUGUUUCACACAUUUUUGUUUUCUAAUUUUGUGAAAGAGCAAUAUCACAAUGUAUUAUCACAGCUGUAACCCUUUAUUAGGCAUUUGACUAUUUUUGGAAUUUAAAAAAAAACUUAGAUAUUAUCAAUGAUCUCAUUUUGAAAAAAUUAAUCCUCAUUGUAAUGUUUUGUAUUUUUCUGUAUAUUUUUAAAUCUAUACAUUAUUACAAUUAUAUCCAUAGACUUCAUAAUAUAUUGACGGGACGCGGGGCCAAUUAAUAGGGGGCCUUUGUCCGUCAAAGCUGACUGAGUGGAAACGCAGACAAAGAGCUUUUUACGUUGAAAAUUCUUCUGAAUAAAUGCUUAAAUCCCUAAAUUCUUUAUAGAUAUGGACCUAAAACCGUCUUGAUUCGUGGUUAAAAGCAAAAAAGAAAACUCGGCAGUUAGCAUUUAUUUUAUGUAAAUAUGUCGAAUGUGCUGCUAGUCUUUAAGCCACUGUGGCGCCGCCUUAUCACCACAAAGAGCUUUUUACGUUGAAAAAUCUUGUGAAUAAAUGCUUAAAUGCCUGAAUUCUUUAUAGAUAUGGACGUAAAACAGUCUUAUUUCUUGGUUAAAAGCAAAAAAACCGGGCAGUUAGAAUUUGUUUUACGUAAAUAUUGCGAAUUAUGAUGCCAAUGCCGUAGCAGUUAAUUUCUCCCAUUGAUUUUUUUCACAAUGUUUCAAAAUGCAUGCAUGGUACGAAAAAUAUAAUAAUUACCUUGAAUCCUUGAACAAAUCACUCCAGAGACAAGCCUUCCUGUUUGUAUGCGGUACAGCUUUCGUACUUUUUCAACCUAAAUCCGGCUUUGGAUGUGUUGAAUAACUGCGACUGACUGUGAAAAACUGAAGCGCAGUGUGGGACAACCCCCUACUUGAAGGCGUGGCGCAGUGUCUGUGGAAUGUGUCCCAUCAAAAUAAUUAUGAAGUCUAUGUUGUAUCAAAAGAAAACAAAUUUAAAAUCAGAACAGAAAUACACAGGUUAAAAUCCCCAAAUAAAACUCUAAAAUGUUUUUUUUUUUUUUUUAAUUUAAAUAAAUUCAUAUUAUUUAACUGAGUUAAAUGAGUUCCCUAUAAAGGGUUAAUAUGAGUUAUUGAGCAUCUCUCACCAGGCAGGAUGACAAACCAGGCCACGGUACAGCAGUCCAACGCCAACAAAACCAAGGCGGUAGAGGAAAUCCGGCAAGAUGACGGCACGGAGACAGGCUACAAAGACGCUGGCCACUGCAGCCGCAAUACUCACAACCUUCUGUUGGGGCUCACCGUCAUGGGUGUGGUUAUGGGAGCGGUAUUUGGCAUGCUGCUUCGCUACAUGAAGGUGACGGAAAGCUCAGCCCUCACCACCAUCUCCUUCCCUGGCGAAAUCCUCAUGAGGAUGCUUAAGAUGCUCAUCCUGCCCCUCAUCAUCUCCAGCCUCAUCACAGGUCUGGCCGGUCUGGACGCUCGCUCUAGCGGCCGAAUGGGCAGCAGAGCUAUGGUCUACUACAUGACCACCACCAUCAUUGCCGCCAUCCUAGGCGUCAUCCUUGUGCUCAGCAUUCACCCUGGAAAUCCCAAGCUCCGCGGCGGUGGUACUGGUGCUCCCUCCGGCCCACCUAAGAGCCAGGAAGUCAGCAGCCUGGAUGCCUUCCUGGAUCUCAUCCGCAACCUCUUCCCUGAAAACUUGGUGCAGGCGUGCUUUCAGCAGGUCCAGACAGUACUGAAACAAACGGCGGUGGUGGCCCCAAACCAAACGGAACCGAUUAUUGUCGGCAAGAAGAAACUUGAAUAUAAAUGGGGCAUGAAUGUCCUUGGCUUAAUCGGCUUCUUCAUCACCUUUGGCAUCUGCAUGGGCAGGAUGGGCGAGCGCGGCAAAGUCAUGUGUGAAUUCUUCAACAUCCUCAACGAGAUCAUCAUGACCAUGGUGUCCAUGAUCAUGUGGUACUCUCCAGUGGGGAUCGCCUCUCUGAUCGCGGGCAAGAUCGCUGCCAUCGGGGACCUGGAAGUGAUGGCACGGCAGCUGGGCAUGUACAUGGUGACCGUCAUGGUGGGCCUGCUCAUCCACGGGGGCCUCAUCCUGCCCGCCAUAUUCUUUGGUAUCACCCGCAAGAGCCCCUUUACCUUCUACUCUGGAAUCUUCCAGGCAUGGAUCACCGCGCUCGGAACGGCCAGUAGCGCCGGGACCUUGCCGGUGACGUUCCGCUGCCUGGAGGAGAAUUUGAAGAUCGACAAACGAGUGACACGCUUCGUGUUGCCGAUCGGCGCCACCAUCAACAUGGACGGCACGGCCCUCUAUGAGGCAGUGGCGGCCAUCUUCAUCGCGCAGAUGAAUGACAUCACGCUGGAUGGCGGACAGAUCGUCACUGUCAGCAUGACGGCCACCCUAGCCAGCGUGGGAGCGGCCAGUAUUCCCAGCGCCGGAUUGGUCACGAUGCUGCUGAUCCUGACGGCCGUGGGCCUCCCUACGCAAGAUAUCAGCCUUCUCAUCGCCGUCGACUGGCUGCUUGACCGCAUGCGCACCUCCAUCAACGUGGUGGGCGACUCUUUCGGGGCAGGCAUCGUGGACCACUUGUCCAAAGCGGAGCUCCAGGAAAUCGACGCUGCUGAAAUGCAGAUCCUCCCUACGGAGGAAGAGCUGGAUUUCAUCCCGCCACCACCUAUCCUGACCGAGAUGGACCUGGUGGACCCGCUCAAGCCGCCCGAGCUGCCACCCCGUUCGCCCCGUCCUCCUAAGCAGAACCACCAUGGCCACGUCCUGUCCCAGUCCCACUCGGUCACCUACUCGCCUUCUCGUUCUAUCCGUUCCCCAUCGCCGCGCUCUAUCCGUUCGCCCUCUCCGCGUUCCAUCUGUUCCCAUUCCCACUCCCCUCGACCAUUCCGCGCCCACUCACCUCGCCUCCUCUGCAGGACGGAACCGGGCUACUCAGCCCUACCCAGCCACGAUAACCAGGUCCCCGGCCUUCCUCGCUGCUACCGCGACCGUGACCGUCUGCACCGAGAGAGCGAAACUGAGGAGGAGGAAGAACGAGAACGAGUUCUCGGUGAGCCCAGCGACGGCGAGGAAAGCGACGACACAGCUUAUGACCGGCGGCACGCCAUCCUUCCAUGCGACCUACCGUGAAAACAAAUUCCGUCCAGUUGUUGAAAUUCAUGUGAAAAUCAAAACACCUCUCAUUUUGUUGCUAAAAUGAUUAAAUUAAUUUAUCUGUCACUGUGUUUGAUUGGUCAUUUUCAAAACUAAAACUCCCUCGUGAAACCGUCGUUUCCACCAAGCGGCAAUGUUUCAUCCGGUUUGCAGGAAACGCCAGAAGUAUACUAGGGCACCUGCAAGUCGACUAGCCAAAAUGGCCAAAGUAGUCCUCUGUUUUGCGUCACCUUCAAGCAAACUUGACCUCCCGUGUCUUCUAUCCAUUUAUUAGCAAUUUGCAGUUUUUCUUCUGAUGUUUUUCCUACGCUGGAUGACUCAUUGUUGCUGAAGCGCACAAGUUUUUUGUUGUUUUAUUUUGACUUUUAUUCCGAUUUUAUCUCGCAGAUCAAGAGCACACACCUCCCACUCACCUACUCCGCUUGAAUGCCUUUCUUUUUUUCGACGUGGCAGGUCUUAAGUGUGCGUGUGUGUGUGUGUGCGUGCUUGUAUGCAAUAAAACCUCGCCAAGAGUUCCUUUAAGAGCAGUGUUUUCUUUUACCUUCUGUGGGAGGUUUUGCCAUGCAAAAGGGGUCACACGUCAUAGUUAAAGACAAAAAAAAUCACAAAGAAAUUACUGGAUGGACAUACACACACAGGCACGCACACCAUUGAUGAGACAAAGAUACACAUAUCAACACACUUAAUCCUCUCAAAGAAGAUGGAGGGGUGGUAGAUGGGGGGCGGCAGAUGGCCAGAAAGACGUCAAUCCUUUUCAUUCUUCCCAGACAGCAUAAGAACGGCGGAUGAUUGCGUUGCAGGCCGGCUGUGUGUUUGUGUGUGUUGAAGGUGAAAGUUUGACAAUGGUUUGACGCACGUCAUUUAAGUUUGGUGCGGCGAAGCGCUAAUCUGCUCGCUAACACGUCAUUGUGACGAUAAGCCAUAGG